AUACACUAACUACCACACUAAUACACUAACUACCACACUAACUACCACACUAAUACACUAACUACCACACUAACAAGCAGCACUUUUCUCUACUCUCGCCAGAGCCACACAGCGCGAGCCCCAGCGGCGGCGGUCGCGGCGCGUUGCAGGCGCCGAAGGGGGCGAGGCGCGCGAGGCGGCGGGAGACGCGGACUGAGCUGCGGACUGAGCUGCCUCGCCUACAGCAGCAGCAGCAGGAGGAGGAGGAGACAUGGGGAGGAAGUCGGCGCGGAGUCGUGAGAAGAAGCAGCGCCGCCAGGAGGAGCGGGCAGCACUGGCGGCAGCGCAGGCGCGAGUGCGAGCAGCCAAUCAGCUCCAGGACCCCUUGGCUUCAUGGCCACUCUUUCAGAAGUACGAUCGCAAUGGGAUGAACGUGCAGAUUGAGUGUCGCCGUGUUGUGGAUCUGGACUCUGCCACCCUGGAUUGGGCAUUCAGCCUCACCAAGGAAAACAUGCAGGCCCUCUACGAGCAGAGCGAGUGGGGCUGGAAGGAGCGCGAGAAGCAGGAGGAGAUGCGUGAUGAGCGCGCCUGGUACCUGCUGGCGCGUGACGGCGCCGGCGCUCCCCUCGGAUUCUCACACUUCCGCUUCGACACCGACUGGGGGGAGGAGAUCCUGUACUGUUACGAGAUUCAGCUGGAGGGCCGCGCGAGACGGAGAGGACUGGGCAAGUUCCUCAUGCAGGUUCUGCAGCUCAUAGCCAACAGUACGGAGAUGAAGAAGGUGGUGCUGACCGUGUUCAAGCACAACGAGGGGGCCUACCGCUUCUUCAAACACACCCUCCAGUACCAGCUGGACGAGACGUCGCCCGGCUACGGGGGCGGUUGCUGUGGGAACGGCGCCGGCGAUGGCGGCGGCGGCGGUGGCGGCGGCGGCGGCGGCGGCGGCGGCGACGGCGACGGCUGCUCCUACGACGUGCUCAGCCGGCGCACCAAGCACGGGCAGCGCUCGCCGUGCUGCGCCCACGUGCACGCCGCGCAGCCGCACGCUCACCAGCACGUGCAGGCGCAGCCGCACGCGCAACAGCAGGCACAGCAGCAGCCUCACACGGCUCAUGGCGAGUGCGGGUCGUGCUGCCACUGAGUGGGGAUAGUGGCAGUGGAGGUGGGGGGGCACAGGGAAAGGGGGUCAGGAAAGGGGGGGGUCGGGGGACGGGGGGGGGGGGGUUUGAUCCAGAGUGGAAGGGGAGAAGUGUGCGUCGGAUUGUGUGCGAGUCGCUGUGCGUGUCGUUCCGUGUGUGUAUGCGCCACUGCGGUAAGUGUGUCGGUGUGUGUAUGCCACUGUGGUAAGUGUGUUACUGUGUCGGUGUGUGCUGUGGUGUGUCACCGUCGGUGUGUGUGAAUGUGAGUAAAACGUGUCGAGUGUGUAAGUGAACACCACAGUGUGCGAGCGUGUUCGCCGCGAGCGAACUCUACGUUUGUUCAUAAGCUGGGAGUGAUCGUGUUAGACCAGGAGUGUGAGUGUGCGUGUCGACGCGGGUGUCCGUGCAUCGGUGUUGAACUCACCCUUUUUGGACGGAGACGCUGAGAGAGCUGUUUUCAUAGCGGACUAUUUUUACUCGUUGGGGUGGGAUGGAGGUCGAUCAUGAGUUUAGGAAUACCCGGAGCCGGAGGACGAUCGUGGAACAUAGCAAGAAGAACUCUGGGCGUUUGGGAAGGGGUGGGGGCCAGUGUCAAUUAUAACUCAACGCAAUAAACUCUUUGGAUUUAUACCUCCCA